GUACCUUAAAAGCACGUUAAGUGGUGACUGGUGAGUUGUCUGCAUCUCAUCCAUGUCAUAUUCAUGUCAAGGCUGCAAUUGCGGUGCCUGCAUUUUGAAGGAAGGAAAUGGACCUAGUCAAAAAAUACUUGGAGAAAGGAGACGGCGAGUAUGCCUCCGUAGUAGAUGACCUGCCCCAACGAUUCUUCGAACCCUUCAUCUCCUAUGGCAUCAAGGUCGACAUGGUCGAGCGAGGCCGCCUUGUCUGCACUCUCAAAGUCCCCCCUCGCCUAGUGAACAUGGGCAACUUCUUGCACGGCGGAGCCACGGCGGCGCUGGUAGAUAUUGUGGGAUCGGCAGUUAUUCACACCGUUGGUGCACCGUCCACUGGGGUAUCAGUUGAGAUCAGUAUUUCCUACUUGGAUGCUGCUUUUCUCCAUGAGGAGGUUGAGAUAGAGGCAAAGGCACUUCGUGUGGGGAAGACAAUAGCUUUUGUCAGUGUGGAGUUGAGGAAGAAAAAAACAGAAAAGAUAGUUGCUCAGGGGCGUCAUACUAAAUACCUGGCUUUUCCCAGUAAGCUUUGAAACUCCCUUUCUUCGUUCGUGAGUCAAGGAAGAAGGCCAUGGAGAUCAUUGAUCAUGACCAUUAUCCACGGUUUAAGUUUGGUCACAAUAACAGCGCAUAAUGUAAUACAGUCCAAACUUUAUACUUAGAGCACAUAAAUUUACAUUAAACCCUGUCUUGCCAAAUAACAACCAAUUAUCUUGAUAAAUUACAACUUAC